AGCCUGUUUCUAGCAGCUCGAUCACCGAUCGAUCAUGGGAAACGGUGCUAGUAUGCAAUGGGACACCGUACCGUGAUGCGGCUACUACUCUCGAUCAGUGUCUUCCUGGCCGGUUGGCCUUCGCUGUUCGUUUUUGUUACGGGGCAACUGAAACAUCCACGCGUUUGUACGGAAGAUGGCUGCGUGUUAGGAACAUCCAUGACCGAUACGACGAAUAUCAGAUUUGAUGCAUUCGUUGGCAUUCCUUAUGCGCAACCACCGGUUGGAAAGCUUCGCUUUAAGAAACCUCAACCGAUUGAACCAUGGACGGGCGAUUACAAUGCUACCGAUAGCAAACCGGCCUGUCUGCAACAAUCGUUCCUACUUCCUGGUCAACCCAUCGUUGGAGAUGAGAACUGUCUGUAUUUGAACGUUUAUCGUCCGAAACGUAACGCUAGCCAACCGCUUCCGGUCAUGGUGUUCAUUCACGGUGGAGGAUAUUUUUUCGGGUCUGCCGAUCCGCAACUGUACGGACCUGAGCGUAUAUUGGCAACGAAGAAAGUCAUCCUCGUGACAAUCCAAUAUCGGUUGGGAGUCUUUGGAUUCCUUUCCACCGGUGAUGCUCAGGCAACGGGCAACUCUGGAAUGCUCGAUCAAGUGAUGGCCCUGAAAUGGGUAAACCGAAAUAUAGGUUUCUUCGGUGGAGAUGCACAGUCAAUGACACUGUUCGGUGAAAGCGCUGGUGGUGCCUCGGUACAGCUGCACAUGAUGAGUCCACUCAGUACGGGACUGUUCCAACGAGCGAUCAUUAUGAGCGGAAGUGCUCUAGCGGUGUGGAGCUUACCGAUAGAGGAUCCACUUAUGUUGGCCCGCAAACAAGCGAAACUGGUUGGUGUAUCCGAGGCUGAUGAGCUCACAACGGCUGAGCUGGUGGGUAUACUACAGUUUCUCGAUGCAAAAGUGCUUACCGCCAGUAUGCCGUACCUUCGGACUUGGUUCGAGCAUCCGAUCGUCAUGUACCGUCCUACGGUUCAGGGUGCUUUCAUCCCGGAGGAGGAACGCUUUUUACCGGACGAUCCAAGAAAGCUGUGGGCUGCAGGUCGUUACAUGGACAUUCCCAUUAUGAUCGGCACGGUACAGAACGAGGGUGCAGUUGUAUCACUUUCCAUACUACACAACGAAACGAUUCGAUCGCAGUUUAAUGAAAAUUUGACUGAGCUUUUAACCCCUGUUGCAGCCCUUAAUGGGACAGCAAUGGUUGUGGAGCAACUUAAAGGACGCUACUUUCCGACUACUUCCGGAAGUAGUUGGAUAAAUGAAGAUAAUGGAGAUCAGUUUACAGAGAUGAUGUCAGAUGCGUUGAUCAAAUAUCCUACUAUAAAGACACUUCAGGAGUACACCAACUCCAACGAUACAAGCUGUCGUGAAACAACGCUUUAUUCGUUCGAAUUCAAUGGACGCCACUCGUUCUCGUCGCUUUACAUACAAUCGAACGCAAGCCGUGGUGUUUGCCAUCAGGAUGAACUACUAUACCUAUUUCGCAUGAUCGAUCUUUUCCCGGACUUUCCGCCAGAUUCCCCAGAAAGUGAAAUGUGCAACGUAUGGACGGAAUACCUGGUCAACUUUGCUGUCGAAGGAACGACCCAAGAUCCUGCCGGAUCUUGCAAAAAGCGCAUCAAGAUGGUAAAGUUCGAAAAUGCAAAAUCCACUUCAGAAGAUGCUUCAUCAUCGGCCGUUUCGAUGUCGAGUGGAAGUGGAUUGAGUAAGGAACUGGAAGAGAUGCACGACUUUUGGAGUACGCUUUAUAGCACUUCUUACAUUGCGUAUCAUAACCCACAACCGAACGAUCCGUGGGAGGGUACAUACGAUGCAUCAAGACCGAAGAAUGCCUGCAUCCAGAAGGUUUCGCUUGUCCCGACUGCACCCAUGUUUGGUACGGAGGAUUGUCUGUAUCUGAACGUGUUCGCCCCGGUGAUUGGGGUACGGCAAUCGAAACUCCUUCCUGUGAUGGUGUACAUUCACGGUGGUGGAUUCUUGUACGGUUCAGCCCAACCAGAACAGCGUGAUCCAUCAAGGUUUAUGUCCACCCGUAAGGUGAUCGUCGUAACGUUCCAAUAUCGGCUCGGUGUGUUUGGAUUCUUCUCAACCGGUGAUCGUGCUGCGCCAGGUAACUUCGGCAUGAAGGAUCAAGUAAUGGUACUGCGCUGGGUGAAGAAAAACAUCAAAGCGUUCGGUGGCGAUCCUCAUCGGGUUACCAUCUUUGGUGAAAGUGCCGGUGGUUCCAGUACGCAGUUUCACUUGCUGAGUCCGCUUAGCCGUGGGUUGUUCCAUCGCGCAAUCACCAUGAGUGGCAGUGCACUUUCGAGCUGGAGUAUCCCGAUCGAAAAUCCGCUCCGUUUGGCACGCAACCAGGCGAAAGUUCUCGGCAUACCGAACGCGGAUGAACUUUCGACGGCGGAACUGGUCGAGCAGCUUCGUCGCGUGGAUGCGGCCGAACUGACGGCUAGCGUCGAGUUGUUAAAGCUGUGGGACAUUCAUCCCAUCACAUUGUAUCAUCCCGUUGUGGAACCACCGGAAGAACCGAACCCUUUUCUGGCGGAAGACCCUAGUGCUGUCUGGCGUCGAGGUGAUUAUGCAAGUGUUCCCUGGCUGACGGGAAGCAUACCGAACGAUGGUUCGAUCGUCACACAAACGAUCUAUCGGAACGGUUCUCUUAUAGAGGAUUUGGAUGAGAACUUCACCAAACUUUUGCCACUCAUACUGCGAACUCGUGUGACGAAGGAUAAGCUCGUACGGUUGAGGAAACGCUUCCUUAAGAAAACUCCAUCGAUAAAGUGGGUUACCAACGAUAACUAUGCUGAAAUCACCAAAAUGUUCUCCGAAGCUUGGUUCCUGUAUCCGAUGGUGAAGAGCAUCAAGCAACAUUUAGACAAUCGAAAGCAUACUCCGACCAGCAUCUACUCUUUUCAGUUUCGUGGCCGGUAUUCAUUCUCGAAGUUGUUCACCGGUUCAGAUACAUCGUACGGUUUAAGCCAUCCCGACGAGAUGAUCUACCUCUUCAAUAUGCCACUGUUCUUCCCUGAGUUUCCCGUAGGAUCGCCUGAAGAGGAAAUGGCUAAGCUAUGGGUAAAGUUUCUCGUAGAUUUCGCCACUAACGAACUGGCCGGUACGGAGGGCACGUGCGUUGGUGCAAAGUGUGACAUUGUCACGUUCAGCAAUACGUACAAUCCAUACUUCCCGGUGAGCAGAAAGAUUACCCAAGGUUUGGAUGAGGAGAUGUACACGUUUUGGAAGACUUUCUUCGAGGACAUAUCUUAAGUAAUGCGAUGAAGUUUGUAGGUUAAAUGUUACGGUUAACGCGGUCAAUUCAUUAAUUUAUUAGAAAACCGACGAAUUUAGCUCUGUUUGUUAUGCUUCACACUAAAUGGUUUGUAGCCAAUUUUCACUCAUUACUGUGCCGGCCGGUAAAACAUUCUUAUCAAACUUACACCAUCGGUGGUUUGUAAACAAAACAAAAAUCUACUCCACUCAAACAAAACAACAUGCUGCUACACGUGCAAACUCACCAGGGUCAGGAGAAUGGUUUGCGCAGCGUCCCAGGCCAAAAAGUGAUCGCGAUUCGCAUUUAUCUUCGGUUCAACGGCAUCAAAUCACGCUCGGGGAAGGUUCAGCAUUAUCAGCACCAACACUAAAGCAUGUCGAUCGGCACACGUCCCAAGUGCCGGGAUCGCAAGAACCAAUCUUUGCGUGGCGUUUGAGUUUCGCAUCAGCUGGGAUUAGCGUUGAUAAGGACUGUACCCGCUAGACAUGCUGACGGCAGUUAAUUUUAUGCUAGAAAUAGCGAAAUAUUCCCAUCCUUAUCACGUAUUUACACAUCGUAAGCGGAAAAUGUAAAUGUUUCGUUAUAUUUAUGGAAAGAUUACGUUGAUGCGCUUGAUUUGUAAACAUACGUAGGUAAACGAAA